AGGGACUCUCCUUCAACAGCAGCUUUAUCAUUACAGAUCUUAUUUCAAUCUGAACUUCUUUCCCGGAGACUAAUUCCAAAUCAAGUCUAUCCGAUUUCCAAUCGCCGAUCUCCCAACAACAUGUCAUCCCCGACGGAGGUCCUUUUCCCAUCCUUCCACCUGAAGAUUUGCGGUGAACUCCACGCACCAGUAGAUGGUUCCCCAGACCGCAAAGGCGCCGCCGUGGUAGUCAGCCACCCGAUGACCGGUGUGAAAGAGCAAACCUCAACCGACUACGCCAAAGCCCUGGCUAAGGCCGGCUUCUACGCCCUCACCUUCGACGCCGGCUACCAAGGCGAAAGCACCGGCGAGCCCCGAGGCCUCGAAGACCCCCACCAGCGCGUUGAAGACAUCAAGGCAGCCGUCAGCUACCUGACAACACUAAAGGAUCAGGUGGACGCAUCGCGGAUCGGAGUGCUGGGCAUCUGCGCCUCGGGCGGCUACACUUCGUACGCCGCUCAGUCUGACUCUCGCAUCCGUGCUCUGGCCACUGUCAGCGCUGCUUGCGUCGGUCGCAUGACACGCAACGGAGGCGUGCAUGAACACAACAAGGAGAAUGCCGAGGCUAUCACCGGUGCCCUUCAGUAUGCCGGCCAGUGGCGGACCAACGUCGCCAGCGGUGCUCCCAGCGAGGCCCCCGCCAUGUUCGAUGCGACGAAUGUGCCGGACGAUGCGGAUCCAUUCUUCAAGGACGCUGCUGCGUACUAUGGAACGGACAGGGGGAAACAUGAGCGCUCGACUCAGAAAGUGCCCCCCGUCAGCUACGAUCUUAUGAUUCCCUAUGACUCGUUCAACUUCCAGCACCUCAUCUCUCCCAGACCGCUAUUGAUGAUCGCCGGUAGUGAGGCGCAGACGCUUCACUACAGUAGGACGGCAGUGGAGAUUGCGAAGGAGCCCAAGGAAUUGUUCGUUGUGAAGGGCAAAAACCAUUUCGACAUCUAUGAUGAUCUGAAUGAGUCUGGUCCUAAGCUGGUUGAUUUCUUUGGAAAGAACCUUCAAUAGACUUACCAACUGAGAUGAUUACGCGUGUGAAUGAUGCAUAUGGUUCAAUUAACUUGUAUAUAGUUAACUAAGAAAUAAAAAGGUUAGACUGCAUCGCAAUACGAUUAAUAACAUGAAAUAGGUGACGCCAGAAAGAAACCAUGUACCCUUUUCUUUUGAAGCUCAGACAUUCAAGAAGUACACCGAAACCAGCAUAGGGGUGAUUUGGAGUCCUGGUCAGUGAUCACAGUGCAUCGGCUG